CUUCAUUGUUUGCUGCGAAAAAAAACGUGAAAAACACCGGUGUGAAGUGUUCUGCGAUUUUAGACUUACAAAUAUGCACUCGUAAAAUUCCGAUAUCAUUGCCCGAAUGGCAGAUUCUAACUUUCUUGUGGCAACUAGCGUAGAUCCAGGCUAACCAUGUUUUCCCAGACCCAGAAAGCAUGGAUUGAGAAGAACAUCAAGAGAAAGGAAUGCGGAAAAUUCAUAAGUGACCCGAGAGAUUCCCGAAGAUGUGGCUGCGGUGGCACGGUGGUCCAGCACUCCCAGCUGACCCAGACCUCCCACGUGCGUUCCUCUUCCAUGAGCCGUGUCUGGGACAGCAACAAACACACCCAGCUGCUUCCGACCGACGCCUACGGAGUGGUGGAAUUCCAGGGGGCUGGCCAUGGCAACAAAGCAAAUUACAUCCGGCUGAGUGACACCACUGAGCCGGAGCCCAUACUACAGCUCCUCCAGGGCUGUUGGCACCUGGGCCUUCCUAAUUUGGUCAUCUCCAUACGGGGUGGACUGCAGAACUUCCAACUUCAACCCAAGCUGAAGCGAGUCCUGUGUAAGGGAUUAAACAAAGCAGCCCGGACUACGGGGGCAUGGAUCCUGACUGGUGGUACAAAUACAGGUGUGACUCUUCAUGUGGGCGACGCUCUCAACAACCAUUCCGUCAAAAUGCGAGGGCGCAUAGUGACCAUUGGCAUCGCUCCGUGGGGGGUCCUGAACAACAGGGAAAACCUUAUUGGCAAAGAUACCACAAAGCCAUAUCACUCGGUGUCCUGCCCCAUCUCCAAGGGAUUCAAACUCAACAGCCAUCACACCCAUUUCCUGCUUGUCGAUAACGGCACCUUGGACCAGUACGGAUGCGAGUUCAUCUUGAGACGGAGACUAGAGAAGUACAUCUCCCAACAGCGGCUUGGGAACCGGGGAUAUCGACGAGUACCCCUUGUCAGUGUUGUCAUUGAGGGCGGGGCCUCCACCAUCCGUAAUAUCUUGAACAAUGUGACCAGUCGCCCACCCAUCCCUGUGGUGGUGUUUGACGGUACUGGGCGAGCUGCCGACAUCAUAGCAUUCACUCACAAAUAUGCUCAGGAGGAUGGCACCAUGGAAGAAUCUCUGCAGGACCAGCUGUUAGAGACCAUGAAACACACCUUCCAUCUACGGCAGGAGCAGGUUGAGAAGCUCUUUGUGGAACUCAUGCUGUGCAUGAAGAAAAAGGAACUGAUCACCUUGUUUUGUCUGAGCGAGGAUGACAUUGACAUCGACGUCGCCAUCCUGACGGCACUCCUCAAGGCACAGACGCGCUCCUACGUAGACCAGCUCAGUCUCUGUCUGACCUGGAACCGGGCUGAUAUCGCCAAGUCACAGAUAUUUGUGCACGGCCGGGACUGGCCGGAGAAUGUGCUGGAGAACAUCAUGAUGGAAGCCCUGAUCCAAGACAAGGUGGAGUUUGUCAAGCUUCUCAAGGACAACGGAGUCAACAUGCAAAAAUUCCUGACCAUCGCUAGACUGGAGGAACUCUACAACACGAGACCUGGGCCUACCACAUUACUCCAUCAUCUCAUCAGAGAUAUCAAGCAGGUGAAUUACAUCCAGAGGUACACGUUAUAUGACGUGGGCCUGGCCAUGGAAAGUCUGAUGGGUGGCACCUACCAGUCAUCAUUCAAAGAGCGACGAUUUAAGGCCCUCUACCAAACCACAAUCAAGCGGGGCUUGUCCUUCAACUUCAUCUCGGAGAACAUCCAGAACAACGAGAACAUCAACAAGUUCACAGACACCUUAAACUUUCCCUUCAACGAGCUGUUUGUCUGGGCAGUGUUGAUGGGCCGACAGCGGAUGGCACUGUUCAUGUGGGAGCAGGAUGAGGAGGCUAUGGCCAAGGGGUUGGUAGCUAGCAAGCUGUACAAGGAGCUGGCUAAGACGGCAGAUAUCGUCAAUAUGGAGAUGGAGAUUGGGGACGAGCUACGCAAGUACUCAGAAGAGUUUCAGCAGUUGUCAGUGGAGCUCCUGGACCACUGCUACCGUGUGGACGAUGACAUCACCAUCCAGCUGAUCACCGUCCAGCUUGACAACUGGAGCAAGCACACCUCGCUGAGUCUGGCGGCCGCUGGCCAGCAUCGGGAUUUCCUGGCCCAUCCAUGCUGCCAGAGACUCAUGAGUGAUUUGUGGCUUGGGGGAAUGGUCACCACUAAAUACAUCAACCUGAGGGUCAUCUUGGCCCUGCUCUGCCCCUUGGCCAUCUUUGGCGUGGUCAGCUUCAAGAGCAAGGAGGAGCUGCAGCUGAUGCCCCAGACCUUAGAGGAGCACAUGCAUGACCUGGCUGACUCAGACUCAGAGGAAGGGGAAGAGGACGUGAUGAGCGGCUCCCAGACGUCAUUCCAUCAUCUGCAGGAGGAUGAGGAGGAUGGAGUAGGGAUGCAGUCGCUAGACGGUAAGGUCACCCAGCCCCUCAAGCCCGCCUCCCCGCAGAUAACCUCUGACCUCAUGACCUCAUCGAUCUCCCCUCCGCGGAAGCAACUCCGACUGGGCAAGAAGCUGUACGAGUUCUACCGCGCCCCUAUGACAAAGUUUUGGGCUCACACGAUGUUUUUCUUUGGUUUCAUGGUCCUGUAUAACUACAUGGUGCUAGUCAAGUUACCAGACUUUCCAGCAUUUUAUGAGUAUCUUGUCAUCUGCUACAUUGUCACCUCGGGGAUGGAACACGUCCGAGAGAUUCUAGCCUCCGAACCAACCCGCCUGUCCCUCAAGCUGCGAGUCUUCUACUCCUCCUACUGGCACCUCCAUGAGGCCCUGGCCAUCACCUUCUUCCUGAUUGGGAUGGGCUUCAGGUUUGCUCCGGCCACUAAGUCCGCUGGACGGGUCAUCUACUGUGUGGUCAUCAUCAUGUGGUACCUCAAGGUGCUGGAGAUACUCAGCGUCAACAUCUACCUGGGACCCUUCGUCAACAUGAUUGGCAAAAUGAUGCGAGACAUGUGUUACUUCAUCAUACUCCUGAUCAUUUUCCUGAUGGGCUUUGGUGUGGUGCGGCAAUCCGUCCUCCAUCCUAACGAAGAGUUCUCGUGGGUCCUGUUGCGGGAAGUUUUUAAAGAACCCUACUUCAUGAUCUAUGGAGAAGUUUAUGCCGACAAAAUCAAUCCUCCUUGUGGAGAGGGUACGAAGAUGGGCCCCUGUCCUCCAGGCCAUUGGACCGUCCCCGUUGCCAUGGCAGUAUAUCUAGUAGUCAGCAUCAUUCUACUGGUCAGCCUCUUGAUUGCGGUAUUCAACAAUACGUUCAACGCUGUCAACUCCAUCGCCCGCCAGCUCUGGCAGUUCCAGCGCUACCAUCUGACCAUGAACUAUGAGCAGAAGCCGUUUCUUGCCCCGCCGUUUAUCAUCUUCAAUCACCUCUACCAGCUGAUCAAGUUGGCCGUCUGUCGCUGCAAGCGGUCCCGGCCCAGCAACAUUGACCAGGGGCUGAAGCUUUUCCUGCCUCCAGAGGAGGUAGAGAAAUUGAGAGAUUUUGAGGAGGCAUGUCUGGAGUUGUACUUUCGAGAGAAGAAGGACAAGAAACAGUCCUCCAACGACGAGAGACUUAAGAUAGUCUCCCAACGAAUCGAGGGCAACUCACUUCGCUUAGAAGAGAUUGUGGAGAAGGAGAACCACACUAAGUUGAACCUGAGGGCCUUCGACAGGCGCCUGCUUCACUUAGAGGAGCUGGCCUUCCAGACGACAUGCUCGAUCUUCAACAUCCAACACAUGCUGAGUGUGGCCCUGACUCAGAUGGCAGGAAGCAGCGACAUGGAGAGCAGCCCUGAGGAUCCUGCACCAAGCAAGGAGCCCAGCCAGAGACUCCGUCACCUGGCUUUCGUCCAGGACAGGGAGGAGACCGCGAAGGUGCCGCUGGAGGAAGGUCUGACGCCGGACGAACAAGUCAGAUCAAAGGCAACCUUCCACCUGAGUCUCAAACGGGACCAUUUCAGGUCCUUCUCCAUGGACAGGACAAGCAUCCCUGAAGAGGACAUGUCAAGUGCAAUAGCCAAGCCUCGCAGAGUCGUCACAGACAAGACUGCCAACAGGUCUGAAACGGUAAAGCUGAAAAGGCCAGAAUUCCUGGAUCAGCUGCAGAGUACCUCAGGGAAAGAGCAGCUGCAACUUGGCACCAAACCAAAGAAAAUGUCAGACUCCAAGUCGGACAACUUGUCCAAGACAAAAAGCCCUAAGCAAUCCAGGCUAAGCACAUUUGAGCGGUACGCCUCGAUGAUUGAGCAGCAGUCCCCUGUCAAGCCAGUUGCAGCACCGAUGCCAAUCAAGAGACAAGUCGGAUACAACACGUCCACACCGGCUUCAAGGAGCACCAAUCACUUGGAGCCCAAGCUGCCGUCGCGGGACUCGGACAGCAACCUCUCCACUUACAGUUCCUCCAGCAUGAAGAAUGCACCGCACAUGAGCUCCAUGCCCAGGUCCACGCCUUACAUGAGCGCGCCGGUCUACUCCACCAUCACAGACCACAUUGACUUGACCGCAUUGCAGAUGAGUUACCGUGGGCUCCCUUCGGCAAGCGCCAACACCAGUGCGGGUUACUUAAACCUGGAUGAUAACCUGACCAGCUUUGAUGGGGAGGUGCCCGUGUCUCCCUUGCCUCCGUCAGUGCACCGGGAAUCCCCACUCUCGGAAGCCUCCAGUGGGGGUCUUCAGCAAGCUGAGCGUCGAUGCUUUGAGAUGAUGGAGGAUGCGACAGGAGACGAGACAGAGACUGUGGAUGCGACGGAUGAUGAGCUAGAAGAUAAUGAAGAUGACCAAGGAGGAAUCCAGUUCUCCGUCAAAAACGAGGUAGAAAUACACACAAACAGUAUUGGGAAUUCCAAAGCAGAGACAACAUUUUAGUUGAAAAACACAACCAUCUAAAUUGCUGUCCAUGUUUACACAUGAGCCGGGAUUUAAAUACCAAAUAAAUCUUCAUUCCAGGGUAGAACUAACAAGUUCAUUUCUGCAUUUUUUCUGUGUACAAUAAUUACAAAAUAUAGAAACAACUUUGGAUAUGUGGUGUUAGAAUUGUGUAGUGUACUUCAGACGCACAAAGCAACUUUGAAAUGAGCAGCUCAGGAUUUUACAUUGAUUUUUUUUAAAAUUGUUUUUGUGUUAAAUUCACGAGGCACUAUGCUGCUAUGCUGUCACGCUUGAGAAGCAAUACCCAAUCACUGGCUGAUUAUAUAGAGAUAUAUUUUAGACUUUUUGUAGAUUUUUCUAGAAUGUAAGUAGACAUUAAUGCAUAUGAUGAGCACAUGUGAUUUGUGAAUUGUAAUCGAGUCAAUCACAUGUCAGUGUCGAGACAGUAACAAAAAUCAUAUUAUUAAAAGUCGAAGUUACAAGUGUGGUAACUAAUUACAGGCCAUUAGAUAAACAUUGACAAAGGAAUGCCUUUGUCUAAAUUCAUGUGAAUAUCUUGUAACUUGACACAGAAAAAAAUUGUGAUAGACUUGAUUACAGAGAUUCCAUGGCAGUGUUGCAGGUCAAUCACAAGUCCAUCACAAGUCCUUUCACAAGUGAAUCGCAAGUCCAGUCACAAGUCCUGUCGCAAACAACUGGAGAUUGCCACAGUUCAUUUGAAUAGCUUGUAACUUGGCUUAGGACUGAAUGACUCUGGAUUGACUUGUGAUUGACUUUGUGAUGAACUCGGCCAUAACACUGCUGCAUUGGGCAUUCAAAUUACAUUAAUUUGAAUGAAACAAUAAAGUAAUUUUAUUCAGGGUUAUGUGGAGUUGUGUACCAUGUAGUCUUCCAGAAGGCAAGCUUAUCCUAGUGUGUGCAGAUAUCGUAUUAUCCAAAAUAAAUUGAAUAAGAAAAAGUCAAGUUAAUUAGUACUCAAAAAUUUUAACAGAAAUUUGAUUGUUUUGUUUUAAAUGGUAUACUGCACUGAUAUAGAUAAAUAGCAAUUCAGUACGCUUCAGUUAUUUGUUGUCUGUGAAACAUUCUGGAAAAGAGGCCACAUUUCAGAGUGAUCGGGAUGCUCUAAUAAUGCAUUUAUCCUAUUUUCUCACUGUACAUGCUGUGUAGAAAAUUAGCAUGAAUAUUGAGAAAGAAGCAUUUGAAUCUUUGGCAACACUUUAUGAAAUAUCUUUAUUACUUCGCCAAGGAGGGGGUUAUGUUUUCACUGGAAUUAGUUGGUUUGUCUGUUAACAAGAUAACUCGAAAAGUUAUGGACGGAUAAUAAUCAGCAUUUUUAAGAACGCUCCUAUUAGUAAACUAAAUCACAGCGCUGACAGUAUUAUUAUUACCCCGAUCAUUGGGCCAAUUAAACAUUCCAAAUACCAUCUCAGCUCCCUGGGGAGUAUACAGCUCAAUGCUGCCUGUAUUAUUAGGCACAAGCAAGCUUACUCAAUCACAAUAACCAUCUCUGCCCUCACAGGUACCCAUUUACUCCUGGGUGGAGAGAAGCAAUGAGUGACAAAGUGCCUUGCUCAAGGGCACACGAGAUUUAAGGAUUUUUUUUAGAAACCACAUUUGUGCAUUGGUGCUGUGUGUAAUGGCGGGAAAUAGUUUAGCCUUGUGAAGGUGUACGCUGUCUGAGUGCUUUCUAGUUAUCUGCUUAAAUCCCUUAUUCAGGCAGCCCAGAUGAUCAAUUUGUAAUAUAAUAAAUCAUAAAUUUUCGCGAAAGAAUGUAUUUGACUAAUCAGCACAAGUGUAAUUUUGCGUGUUUGUGAUGCAACAUUUUGUGCCAAAUUUUGAACAUUUUGAUAAGAUUACACAGUGCUUGGUUGUAUUCUCGUUGAAUAAGGGGGACGAUUUUUUGAAAUAGUGUAAAAACGCUGCUCAUCCACAAGCUUGUGUGUGAUAAAAUAGAGAUGUAUUGGAACAAACGGGUAAAUAUUUGGCACACUCUGCAAAAAGUCACCAUUUUUUUUCUCUCUUUGUCUCUUUGAGGAUUUUCAUGAUCAGUUCUACAUUUUGCGCUCUGAAGCAGCCUGCGUUGACAACAGACAGAGAUGUGUUGCUACGGCUGAUUUCUCGCAGUGCAUAACGCGGCAUAUGCAAUAUGUUGUUGACACGCAACAUUUCGUGCUGGGCAACAUCUUAAUUAUGAUAAGUCAUAUUUCACAAAAUGUCUCAAUGGGUAAGUCCCCAACUGAUCUGGAUUGUUGUGGAGCAUGUCACUGCCCAACUUAUCAAGGUCGAUGCAAGAACUUUACGGCUUUGCUUUUGAGGUAAACAAAUUGUUAUUUUACCUGUAACAGAAAUAUAUUUUUAACUUCAUCGUAGAUGUGUAAAUCAACUAAAGCAUUGUGCAUUUACACCAAGUUUAGUGUAAUCAAUCGUAAGUUUAUUGCACAGCUUUGCAACAAAUGUUUUGAGUAGGUUCAUGGCAUAAGAUAUACAGGGUGAUUCUGUGGACAGAACUUUAAAACGGUGGUUGUGUUUAAAAUUCUGUAACUUGAAACAUAAGUGAUUUGAAUGAUUUUUGUACUAAAAGAAAGCUUAUUGAUUAGGCUUUCAUAUCCUAGAUUGUGAAAGUGCUACAUGCAGAACUUCACUAUAAAAACAAUGGUCCCGACAUUUGGGUUUCGUUUGUUUUAACUCACCCUGUACACAUUGUGCAAUCGGCUGCAGUGAACAGCAGUGAACAGUGAAAAACGUAGAAGUUUCUUUCUUGGCACACUCUUGCUUUUCUACCACUGCAGAAAGAGAUUUGUGAUAACAAAGGUAACAAACUCUAGUGAAUUGUGAUAAAGAAAAAUGUGGUCAACAGUGCCAAAGUUCCAAGUAUUAAGAGGGUAUAGCCAAACCCAUGAUAAUAUCUUUGCAGAGUGUGAGAUGUGUAUUUAUAGAUAAAUUACAGUACCUAAUUCUAUACACAGAUGUAUACUGAAAUGCUGGCAUAAAUAAACAUUCCGUUUAUUGUGUUCAGUUUUCAAUAUUUUUUGCUGGUUUUUUUUUUUAAGAAUUAAGAUAUAAAAGUGUAUCUAUUUUUCUUUCUAAUUAUCUAGGGUAAGUUGAAUAUAACAUUUUGUUGGACGUAUUUUUAGAAUUAUUGGAAACAAGGGUAGAGUCUUUAGUUUCUGUUUGGAAUUGAAGUCUGAUUUUCAAUUGUAAUUAAGUCAUCGCAAGUCAAUCACAAGUCGAGCACAAGUCAUCACAAGUCAUCACAAGUCAAUAAAAAGUCAUAAGUCAAACACAAUUUAUCACAAUUCAUCAGAUGUCAUCACAAGUCAAUCACAAGUCAUCACAAGUCAAACACAAGUCAAACACAAGUCAUCACAAGUCAAACACAAGUCAUCACAAUUCAUCAGAUGUCAUCACAAGUCAAUCACAAGUCAUCACAAAUCAAACACAAGUCAUCACAAGUCAUCACAAGAGAACAUCCAUUUAUCAUUCAGUCCCGCUUACUUGUGACAAGGCUUAUAAAAUUGAUUCACACUUUUCUUCCAAUUCCAGAAACUCAAGACUUUUCUUCAGAGAGGUAAAUAGUUGGCACAAACAAGAUUGGACCAGUAUAAUUAACUUUCAAAAAGACUAUAAUUUUAUAUUUUAUUUAUAUCAUGCGUACCUCCAUGUUUCGAUCUAAACAUACUGCUCUCAGUACUGCUGUAUGCAUUGUACAAUAGUCUCUAUUAGUUCUGUAUUUGAUAGUAUUUGAUAGCAUAAUUGAAAAAAAAGAGUGCUUUUUGAAAAGUGUCUGACAUUUUAAGCCGCCUUGAUUUGAAUGAUAAAUUAUUUUGUAAAUGAAAAAUGUAGAUAAAAUACUUAAAUGUGGUCAGUGUACUAUAUUUAUAUCAUCUAGGGUGCUAAGCGUUUUGGGAAUAAUGUUUGCAUACUUUUUUUCUUACUACUAUGCUGCCAUUCGAAAAGGCUAGAUCUGGUUAGGGAUGUUUGUUUGGCUUUGCGUUAUAUCUUUUCCUCAUCAGCACAUCUGCCAUUUACCUUGAACAAAAUCAAGUAUCAUUGUACAGAUGCCAAGAAAGUAAAUGAGAUAAAGAUAAAUGGGUCGAGUUGGAAUGCUUACUAGGGAAUGUGCCAAACUUAAGUAAUUUUUCAUUUCAGAUUGUCGCAUACCAGCUAACCAAUGGUGAGGGGUUGUUGUAAGUUCAACUGUUUAGUAACUCCUUGUAUUUUCUCUUCUGUGUCAUUUAAAGAACCUGCUUCCCACCAAAACCAAUUAACAUUGGUCUUUUUUUUUCUUCAAAUUUGAUCAACGAUCACAUUUAUGUUUUGACAAUUUUUCAUAGGUUUGGUAUUUGUAUAUUUUGGGGUUUUUUCUCUUUAUUGAUGAACCGAGUUGGACUUAAGUACUGUGUAUUGGAAAGGGUGCGAAUUUGGUAGAUGUACUUUUUAUGAGAUAUUAUACAACUGGUGAUGGGCAGACAACAGCAUUUUAUUUUUAAAAAGAGGCAUGAUUCUUGAGCAACAUCUGUCAACGCAUGUGCCCCAUUUCUGUGCUAUUUGUAAAUACAUAAAUUAAAUAUUUAUUAUUAAAUACAUGUUCACAAAUUGAAUAAUUACUUUAAUGCCCAAAGCCAGUAUUAACCGGUCAUUGAAGUACAUUACACAUUUUUGUUGUCAAAUUGUCCUCCAAGAGUACUUGAAAUUUCUUGUUUGUAGGUAAAUCUUCCAUUGUUUAAAGAGUAUGCACAAUUUGCACAUAGACCGUUUUCAAGGAUACUGAGUAAGACUAGUGGUUCCAUUUUCAGGCUUGCCAAAGAAACCAAGGCUGUGUCCAGAUCUCUUCAGUCUAAGGCUAUUGUAGAAUUCAUCACCUAUUAUGUCAAUGUGGGAAUACGCUGAAAUAGGCAUAGCCUUAGCUCUAAAAGCAAUUGUAGAAACGGCUAAUCUACAAAUGUAAUGCCUUUUGUAACAUGUGUGAAAUAGAAUUUAAUAGGCUGCCUUGUAAAUUGUUAAGUCUCAAUACAUUCGAUGUUGGUUUUUUUAUAAACACUGUAUACUCAGUGUAAUAUGUCCCGAGUGAUUUGUGGGAAAAAAAUCACUUGGGUGGGACUCGAACCCAUGACCUCCUGUGUACUGGUGCAGACGUAUUACCACGUGGCCACCGAGCUUUGCCGGGGUAGGCUUACCAUGUCUGGUUAAAUGAGAUGAAAUUUUUUUUAAGGUUCAAUGUACAAUUUUAUGACAAAUUACAAGAAAGAGAGUCCAGUUGUUACCAUCUACAGUACUCCAAUUAUUUUGUGUGUGAUGAUGCCAUUGUCUGGACAGCUCACAGCAAACAAAUAUGAUACAAAGUAAAACUUGAUUUCCACAUUUUUAUUCAGCAGUCUUUCUGUUUUUCCUUCGAGAAAUAUCCUACUGCUAUAUUCUUAGUGAUGGAGUAGAAUUGGCUAGAUAAAAGGUGAAAUGUGUGCUACUGGAUGAAAUUUUAAUAAAGAAAUAUUAACUUACAAUAA